CGGCCCUGGAGCCCUGUCCGCGAGCGGCAGCGGCGGCCCGAGGGACGAUGAGCGGCGCGGUGCGGCCGGGCCCGGCCCGGCUGGCCGCGCUGGCGCUGCUGACCUGCAGCCUGUGGCCGGCGCGGGCGGACAACGCGAGCCAGGAGUACUACACGGCACUCAUCAACGUGACGGUGCAGGAGCCCGGCCGCGGCGCCCCGCUCACGUUCCGCAUCGAGCGCGGGCGCUACGGGCUCGACUCGCCGAAGGCCGAAGUCCGCGGCCAGGUGCUGGCGCCGCUGCCUAUCCACGGAGUUGCUGAUCACCUGGGCUGUGAUCCUCAAACACGAUUCUUUGUCCCUCCUAAUAUCAAACAGUGGAUUGCCUUGCUGCAGAGGGGAAAUUGCACAUUUAAAGAGAAAAUAUCACGGGCUGCUUUCCACAAUGCAGUUGCUGUGGUCAUCUACAAUAAUAAAUCCAAAGAGGAGCCCGUCACCAUGACUCAUCCAGGCACUGGAGAUAUUAUUGCUGUCAUGAUAACGGAAUUGAGGGGUAAGGAUAUUUUGAGUUAUCUGGAGAAAAACAUCUCUGUACAAAUGACAAUAGCUGUUGGAACUCGAAUGCCUCCAAAGAACUUCAGCCGUGGUUCUCUAGUCUUCGUGUCAAUAUCCUUUAUUGUUUUGAUGAUUAUUUCUUCAGCGUGGCUCAUAUUCUACUUCAUUCAGAAGAUCAGGUACACAAAUGCACGCGACAGGAACCAGCGUCGUCUUGGAGAUGCAGCCAAGAAAGCCAUCAGUAAAUUAACAACCAGAACAGUAAAAAAGGGCGAUAAGGAAACAGACCCAGACUUUGAUCAUUGUGCAGUCUGCAUAGAGAGCUAUAAGCAAAAUGAUGUUGUCCGGAUUCUCCCUUGCAAGCACGUUUUCCACAAAUCCUGCGUGGACCCUUGGCUUAGUGAACAUUGUACCUGUCCUAUGUGCAAACUUAAUAUUUUGAAGGCCCUGGGAAUUGUGCCAAAUUUGCCAUGUACUGAAAACGUAGCAUUUGAUAUGGAAAGACUCACCAGAACCCAGGCAGUUAACCGAAGAUCAGCCCUAGGUGACCUCACCAGUGACAACUCCCUCGGCCUUGAGCCUCUUCGAACUUCGGGCAUAUCACCUCUUCCCCAGGAUGGGGAACUCACUCCUAGAACGGGAGAGAUCAACAUUGCAGUAACAAAAGAAUGGUUUAUUAUUGCCAGUUUUGGCCUCCUCAGUGCUCUCACACUCUGCUACAUGAUCAUCAGAGCCACAGCUAGCUUGAAUGCUAAUGAGGUAGAAUGGUUUUGAAGAAGGAAAAAACUGCUUUCUGACUGAUUGCCUUGAAGGAAAAAAGAACCUAUUUUUGUGCAUCAUUUACCAAUCAUGCCACACAAGCAUUUAUUUUUAGUACAUUUUAUUUUUUCAUAAAAUUGCUAAUGCCAAAGCUUUGUAUUAAAAGAAAUAAAUAAUAAGAUAAAAAGA